AGUUCUGCGACUAGUUCGGAUGUAUUGGGCGUGCUCCGUGAGCUAUGACUAGGGGCGUCGUGGAGUGAUGGAUGUUCGGGACGUUCUCCCUCGCUACCGUGUCUGUCGUGAGUAAUCCACUCUACGUCACAGAGACAACGUAAACAGUUCUACACACCGUGCUCACAUCACUCCCGUCCUUCUUUAGGAAUUGCUUACCUGUAUCAUCACCUGGAUUUAUAUAUAUUUGUUCAAUUAUUCGUGGAAAGCAGCGAAGUGACCAAAGAUGUGGUGGGUGCUACUGCUCUCAGCCAAUGUGGGUGUGGUUUGGAGUUACAGUAUGGGGGCGCCACCAUCAACAUGUACUACGAUGUUUCCCGUACAUAGUGGUAGUUCUGCGCGGACAGGUCCAGCUCCAUACUUCUUCCAGCUCGUCAAAUCUACAUAUUCACCAGGAGAAUCAAUAUCAGUGAACUUGGUGGGGAGUGGGGCCUUAUUGAAAGGAUACCAGAUCCAGGCCCGGGAUGGAAAUGGCAAUGUGGUCGGACAAUUUACGUCAGCUCAGGGGGGCAGGACGAUCAAUUGUGGGCUGGAGAAUGGAGCUUUGACCCACAGUAACCCUAUGGAUAAGCAGGGAGUAAGCUUCACAUGGCAGGCUCCUAAUCCUGCUGUAGGAAACAUCGUGUUCAUUGCUUCCAUUGUACAGACCUACAGCGUGUUUUGGGUGAAUGUCAAGUCCCCAGCAAUCACGCCGUUUAUUAUUCCCCAAACACCGCCACCAACACAACCACAGGCAACAACAACUGUUGCUACGGUACCUCCACCAACACAGCCACCAGUUACUAGGCCACCACAGGUCACCACACAGGCGCCUAAAACAACCAAAGUUGUGGUUACACAAGCUCCUCCUGUAGUAACGACAACCCCAGAAGCAGACAUGACUACCCCAGAUGUGGGAAAGGUGACAAUGGACGAUACAUGUGGUACAAGCAAAGGCUGUUUUGUAAGUUGUGAGGGAGACAGCUGUGACUACGUCGUCACGUGGAAAGACGGGCCAGAUUAUGUCGACUUCGAGGUGUCGUCCAAAAUCGAGAUGGACGAUGUCUACUGGAUUGCUAUAGCCUUCUCUAAUGAUUUGAAAAUGGGUGAUGAUGAUACCGUGGAUUGUAUUGCCACGAAGACAAAGGUUAUAGUAACACGAUCAUUCAAUGAGGGCAAAAGAAACAUACCUCUUGGUUCGGUGGAAGGAAUGAAAGGAUUGUCGAGGACAAGCGGUAGUUUUAAAGACGGCAUUUUGACCUGUAAAUUCCGACGUUCCAAACCCGAUCUGGUCACCAGGAGAAAAAGACAAGCUGUUUCCUCAAAGGCCAUGUUUGAUUUAAAUCAGAAGUGGUAUCUGAUGUUCGGUCACGGGUCCGGAUUUGAGAGGGGUACUGAUUUAAUCAAGUCGAUGCAUGGAGAGAACCCAAAGGUUACUCCUUCCCGUGUUGACUUCCAAUCCGUAGAUGUCAUCGGCGAAACGGCCAGAUAUCCGCUUAUCAAAGUCCAUGCAAUUCUGAUGAUCAUAGCAUGGAUCCUCUGUACCGGAGUGGGGAUUGUUGCCGCUCGAUAUUACAAACCAGUAUGGACCUCCACGAACAUCAUGGGCCAGAGAAUAUGGUUCCAGAUUCAUAGAACAUGCAUGGUAACCGCCCUUGUGCUUACUGUGAUAGGAUUUGUCAUCAUUUUUGUUGAAGCUGGAGGAUACAGCCAGAUCCCAAAAAUAGAAGGAAAAGAAUAUGUACAGGCCCAUCCUCCACUUGGAAUAAUAGUCACUAUAUUAGCUAUUGUAAAUCCGAUUAUGUCAAUAUUUAGACCAGGCCCAAAAGACGAAAAACGACCAAUCUUUAAUUGGGCACAUUGGUCCGUGGGUAUGCUGGCCCAUAUCCUAUCUGUGAUAGCUAUAUGUUUUGGAAUGGAGAUGAAGAAGUCAACUGCUCCGUCUUACUCUGUGUGGGUAGUUGUUGGAUACGUCAUAUAUCAUGUCAUCAUGGAGAUUAUACUGAAAUCAUUCGAUUUAUACCUGAACAGAUCAGAUACAGGCCGUAUUGAUGCUCUGGGAAUGACAAACACCGGAGCCUCGGCACAGAACGGGAACCACUUCAAAGUACCGCCUCCCGCUUACACUGAAAGGGACACAAUUAAAAACCCAAAGGAUAGCACAGUAAAAAAGCUACUUCUCGUCUUCCAUAUGGCCAUAGCGACAGCAUUCACCAUUACAUUGAUUCUCCUGGUGGCUAUCUACGAUUGACGAGGGCACACGUCCGUCCGUCCGUCUGUAUUAAACGGCGCAAUAUCAUCCUUGGUUACAAUGUCACAAUAUAAAACAAUGUAUAGGGGAAUGAAUUAAAACGACAAUAAGACAUACUAAAAUGGAAUAGAGACCAAUGUUACUGAAGUAAAUAACUUUAUAUAAACUGGAAAGUGUAUAUUUUGAAAUGAAAAAUAUAUCGGAAUUUAAGAUAAAUGUAUAUCAAAUUUACUCAGAUUCAGUAAUAAUUGCUCAGCAAUUUCAGGCAGUCCUAUUCAAGAGAUUAGACCACUUUAUUAAUAGACCACCUGCGUUCAUAUAUCAAUUUUAAACUCCUACCAUUGUUGCUAACUUCGUGUUAACAAUAAGAUGACGUCACCUACAAUAAGAAAGAACUUUCUGGAUUCCCUGAAGUAGGCUCUGAGAUUGUCUGUUUUACUUCGUGAGAUUCCCCUGGUGAUGACGUUUUACCAAUGGUUGAUUUGCGUGGCGGUGUGUGCUGGCCAAACUAUGCAGGGUAUAACAUCCCGAAAACCAAAGGUGUGGCAGAACAUGAGGCCUAAUUACAGAAGUGAUAUGUACUUAUUAAUGAUCGAGAAAGUGAUGUUAAGUGUGUUGAAGUAAAACGUACUAAAACAGCGAGCUAUAUCAUUGGCUGAUCUGGACGUCGGAAUGGAGAUGGUAUUCAUUCUAGGACAACAUCAAUAUGCUGGGCAGGUUAUCAAUUAUUAUCAGACCUGUUGAUUAUAAUACGUUAUGACAAAGAAGUGCUUUUAUAUUGAAGAUGUUAUUAUUAUUUGUUCAUUCUGUGAUCUUCAUCUUUUGUUAAUUGUAAAACAGUGUUAUAGGCAGUGAGGAUGGCGGGGUCGUUCAUGCUUUUAGGCUAUUGUGUUACUGUAUCUUACGAUAUGAUUUGUCAUUGUAUAUAUUUAGUUCUAUGGUUCGUUGUAUAUAUCAAAUUCUACGGUUUUCGAUCGUGCAAUAAAAACAAGAAAAUCGUAGUGGGUAGGAGUAGCACUGCCCCGGUGAUAUUCACGAAUACUCCAACUUACGGGCUAAUUUUUCUAUUUAUUUCUACAUAACUUAUCGACCUCCAAAUAUAACUUCCGAAUUACUAAUCAUUUUUCAUCAAAUGCAAUGCGAGAAGAGUUUUAUGUGGCAAUAUUUAAAAUCAACAUAACGGUACUCUUACCUUCAGUUAACACGUGCUAAAAACCGCGAAAUCUUGUCAUUAUGUCAAACGAACGCACGCACGCGCCAACGAAUACUGUAUACAAUGUACUGUGACCCGAGACGUGUGUGAGGUUAACAUGUGUUGAAUGAUAUUUUAUAUGUGACCGUAAACGUUUCAUUUGAGUAACGUCGUAUGUAUUGUCUUAAUGGAUUCAAACACCUGGCAUUCACGUGUUAGAUACCUGUUUCUGAUGUAUUACUGUAUUAAAGUCGUGUGAUGAACUUAAGAUCUAUAACAUAAUUAUUAUACAUACAAGGAACUAAUUUUCGAAUUAUGGUGUAAUUAUGUUCGACCUGUUACAUAACUUAUUCUACGUGUGGCAUAAAGUAUGUGUAUUUUGAAAGGAUGGCAUAAUUUUGUUCGAUGUGUGAAGUGAAUUAUUUUAAUUUUGACAUUAAAUGUUAUUAUCUGCGUAUUUAACAUAUUUUUAUUUAUGUAUUUGAUUUAACAAUGCAAUGUAUGUAAAUUUUGUCAUGACGUUUUAUAUUAGUCAUCAUGUCCAGUAAUCAGAAACUGAUAAACACUGAUGGUUGAUUUUCUAUUUAUCGAGAUUCAUAUUGCUUUAAUGAUCAACGAAAAUAUGUAAAAGCAAUAUGUUCAUUAUUGUAAUUAAUGAUUUUCGCGAGAGACAUUUUUUUUCUUGUCGAUUCGCAAAUCUAAAUAUUACAAUCAUCUGGUAUAAAUAACAAAAAAGUGAACACGAAAAUGUAUAGUGUUUCACGGUAUUACAGAGGACGAUACAAAGUUGUGUUGUAUAUUGCAAAGGACUAGAAAGGCAAUAUGACUGAAAUCAAUGAAGAUGGUAACAAAACAAUGAAGAUGGUGAUAAAACAAUGAAGAUGGUGAUAUAUUGAAAGAAACUCCACGUUUUGCAUUAACCUACUGCAAAGAAUUCCACUAAAACUUACCGAAAGCGCAACAACCGUCGCAUGGCCUAAUUAUAUGACACAAAGGUAAUGGUACAUGAAAUGUUUACAAACCUAGGGUCAGGGACCAAAGUGAGUGAUAUUGUAUAAGAUUUUGUCUUCCACAGAUGAUUGAAAUAAUUGCUAUGAUUAUCAGUAGCUUAACAAUACAAUCGGGACUAUCGUAGAAAAUUAAAGACAAGAAUCUUACAUGUCAUUAUCAUAAAUUGACUGCUGAAUAUGUACUUACAUUUUCGUAGGUAAUUCCUCUGGCGCUGUUUGUCCGUGUAUAUAUAUGUAGUUAGUACAUGUAUAAUACUUUUCAAUAAAGUUAGCUUGAUUAAAGUAAUACAAUAUGCUA